AUGGGUUACAACCAGAGAGAGGAAUGGAACGCCGAUAUGGGCGAUACUUUACCAGAUAUUAGCGCGCUAACUCUAGCUUCCAAGCGUUCAGCCAAAUCGCCAAAUGGUGAUGACUGCAACAACAAGUAUCGCAAUCAUUCCGGUAUAGAUAACGAAGUGGAUGUCACAGAUGAUGACAUACUAUUUAUGGGCACGAAUAUACGUGUGAAGGGUGACCGUGAAGAGGCAAUGUUUGCUAAUUACAAUAUGACCGGGCAACCAACGGAUUCUGCACACAGCACAACAGCAAAUAUGGGUGGAAAUAACCAAGAUAAUGGAAGUGUUGGAAAUAUGGCAACAUACGAAGAUUUUGAUAUAUCAAGGAACUCGGGAGGACGCGACGGGACGGAAGGCCAUGAAAAUCUGUCUAAUACCAACGGAAGUAAUGGAGACAAUAGUAACCCGAUACAAGAUUCUGCCGAGGAGAUCACCAAUGUAAAAAAGAUUACACACGACAGUCCAGAAAAACCUCAAACAGGAUUUUUACUUAAUUUCUUUAGAGGAAAAGGGGCGAAGGCUACAUUAAAAUCUAUCGUAAAGGGAAAACCUGUUUAUAACAAGGUUAUCGAUCUAGAUGCGGAUUGUUCAACUCCCUGUGAAUUUGAAGAUGUUAAUGAUGCACUGCAACAUAUCGUAAGCGCAAGAACGGCAGCUUCCAAACCAGACUCAGUAAGCGGAUCAAUGUCCAAUCUCUCGUCUUCAUCUAACAGGAGACGAAAAGACCAGUGCAAUGAGUACCGUCAUAGACAUGACCACCAUCUACGCAGGUAUUACCCGGAACACAGCAUAAUAGGUCUAGGCAGGAUCGACCCUGCCCAAAUGAAUCCAUUCGAUUUUUACAAUGCUGCGAAUGCUCAAAAUAUUAACAGUGCGGAGAGACGGAUCAUGACACCAGAAGUGUUUAACGGCUGGGUCCGGGCAUUCUUCAACGUAGCGGUGACAUCGGUACUGCUCUACCUCGGACUGAUAUUUAUAAUCGCAAUUGGACGCGAUAUCGGAAACGGACUGGAAAAGAGGAGGCAGAUGGUGAAGGCAGAAGCAAUGUUGUGUCAAGAACUAUACAGGAAAAACAAGUGCAGAACUGUCAGUGUCCCAGCUCUGGAGCAGCAAUGCCGCGAAUGGGAAGCUUGCAUGUAUAAGGAUGCCAUUCUAUACGACGACGCGUCUUUCCUCUCCGCUGAAGUACUGGGAGGAGUCAUCAACAAGUUCGUAUCGCAACUUGAUGCGCGUACUGUAGGAAUUGUUUUGGUCACUUUUCUGGCACUUUUCCUUGGGAGCAAUUGUGCGCUGUCUAUGUCCGCUACAACGAGGCCAAACACCUCCGGAUGGUUCGGCAGAUGGUUUUCCAGAAACAGGGAACCUCCAAACGGAGCAGAUUUGUUGCAGAACGGUGAAUACUCUUCUGGGCCUCAGAUGGUACACACUGUGCACAAUCCUUAUCUACAGCCUAACUAUUUGGUCAUGGGUAGUUAUCCGUAUGUCAGCCAUGCUUACCCUACGGCUCCCUACCACUCAACGUCGCUCAAUUAUUAUAAUGAAGACCAAGAUGAAAGUUCCACAUGGACGAACAAGUCAGGACGUCACAGUGCUUGGAAACGUAGAUUUACCUCUCCAUGGGUCGACCAAAACUAG